AUGCCCAACACAUACCCAAUGCCCACACCCGAAGAGACUCAAGCGGCCGAGCGAGUCGCAGCCGAGAAGAGUCCUCGAGUCUCUCUGUCGACUGGUCCGUCUCUAGGAGAGGAUCGGACCCAGCCUCGCAUAUAUCCGAUGGGUGAGGGCGUGAAGGCCACUACCAGCAUCCAAGGUCUACUCGACGCCGCCGAAGCUGGAGGGUUCCCGCCGAUCAUCAUAGCAAUGCGUCCAGAUGGUCUCCCAGCUCGCAUGCUUGGCCAGAACGGCGCGGGUCUUUUGCCUUAUGGGACUCAUCUGAAGCAGGGCUAUAAUAUUCCAAACAUUGACCUGGGAGGGGAGAGCAUUGCACUGUCAGAAGAGACCGCCCGGUACUUCUUCAAGACAGGUCCAGCCUCACCAGUGCGCACAGAAGGCUAUGUCGACAAGCAGCUGCUGCGUGUCGCUAAACGCUUCAAGCACUACUCUAUGCGCGGUGAGGACGUGGUCGUUGAGGCUGGCGGUUUCCUCGGUCGUGGCACGACACCAUUUCCGUGCAUGCGAGGUACGUGUGAGCUUUUUCUGUUAUGA